CUCUUGCGGAAGUCCGAGUCAGCUGACGUCUGCGCGGCUCAGUGUUUUAACACAAAUAAAUGCCUUGGUAGUUUUGUAUCUUCAGCGAAGUUUCUUUACAACACAAAUAAUAAUAAUAAUAAUAAUAAUAAUAAUAAUAAUGUUACGGCCCAAAGCGUUAACUCAGGUCCUCAGUCAGGCGAACACAAACGGCGUCCAGAGCACUCUAUUACUGAAUAAUGAAGGCUCUCUGCUGGCUUAUUCGGGUUACGGGGACACGGACGCUCGGGUUACAGCCGCCAUCGCCAGCAACAUCUGGGCUGCUUAUGACAAAAACGGCCAUCAGGCUUUUAACGAGGACAAACUGAAGUUUAUUCUGAUGGACUGCAUGGAAGGCAGAGUGGCCAUCACCCGGGUCGCAAACUUACUGCUGUGCAUGUACGCCAAGGAGACCGUGGGCUUCGGGAUGCUGAAAGCCAAGGCGGAGGCCCUGGUGGAGUACCUUCAGGAACCACUGACGCAAGUGGCAGCCUCGUAGAUACAUCCAUCUGAAAUUUGGCCUUUAUUUUUUCUUUUUGUUAAAACCCUAUGAUUUCAUGCUUUAUUUAUUUGCUUAGUCGAUCCUUCUAAUCUUCAUAACAGGCUAAAAUUAUGCCGUUCUUAUACAAGUUCUUAAUCAGAAUCCAAUUGAACUUUGUUUUUGUUUUUUUCCCCCCUCAGCAUCUUUUAAUUGUUGCAUCUAACCAAUUAACUUAUAAAUAAGCCAAUAUUUGUUUAAAAAAAAAUAAUAAUAAACGUGCUUUUUUUUUUUGUA